CGGCGCAGCUCUGCGGCUCCUGCGGCGGCCGAAGAGGUGGUUGGGAAGUAGGUGCUUCCUGCUGGGCUGCUCGCUCCUCUGCUUCUGUCCGCUCCGCGGCGGGAAGCGCCUUCCCCACAGGACAUCAAUGCAAGCCUGAAUAAGGAAAACAAUUUCUUCCUCCUAAGCCAUGGCAUAUCAGUUAUACAGAAACACCACUUUGGGAAACAGUCUCCAGGAGAGCCUUGAUGAGCUCAUACAGUCUCAACAGAUCACCCCCCAACUUGCCCUUCAAGUUCUACUUCAGUUUGAUAAAGCUAUAAAUUCCGCAUUGGCGCAGAGGGUCAGGAACAGAGUCAAUUUCAGGGGCUCUCUAAAUACAUACAGAUUCUGUGAUAACGUGUGGACUUUUGUAUUGAAUGAUGUUGAAUUCAGAGAAGUGACAGAACUUAUUAAAGUGGAUAAAGUGAAAAUUGUAGCCUGUGAUGGUAAAAAUACUGGCUCCAAUACUACAGAAUGAAUUGAAAAAAAAAUGGCUUUUUUAAUGCCAUCUUCUGUUAUUAUUCAUCGCUUUUUUGAAGAGAAGCAUAGAAGAGACUUUUUUUUUUUAUUUAUUCUGGCAUCGCAGAAAUGACUACACUGUGUUAUAUAUACUAUCAGAAUUCCAAUAGAAAGAAGCUUAUAACUCUAGCCUCUUACAUUACCUUUUCGGCAUGAAGAAACAGAAGUUUUUUUUAAUAACAAACAUUGUUGCCUUCCUAAGAACAUUCUUGAAUAAACUCAUUUUAAAACUCA